AUGAAUGUAGUACCCUUGGUCCAGAUGAAUGGGUUUGGUGCCCUGGCCCCCACCUCCCACCUAGCCCCCACCUCCUCCCUGUUCAGCCCUAUUACCACAAGGCCUCUCUACCAAUCUGGCCAUGUUGGGCCCCCACUGUGGAGCAUCAUGGCACUGGGAGUUGUGGAACUCUGUCCCCCCAUAGCCCCAGGCUGCCUCUACAUUUGGUAUGCUGCUCAAGGUUAAAAGGAUCCCAGUUGAGUGUUUAACACUGCAUACGGCUUGGACCCAGGACAACACUAACACUAGCUAUCUUGAACAAGAAGAGCAAUGCUGCGGAGUGCUGCACCUUGAGGAAUAUCUCCCUCCUAUUUCCGGGUGAACUAUUUGUCUUUGGGUCUGAAUUUGAUGUUUUUUUAAUCCAGAUUCUUCAUCAACCAUCAAUAGAAAAGAGCAAACAACAUCAUUACUACCAUUCCCAGUGCAAAACUGGCAGGUUAUACAGUUGAAGUCAGAAGUUUACAUACACUUAGGUUGGAGUCAUUAAAACUUGUUUUUCAACCACUCCACACAUUUCUUGUUAACGAACUAUAGUUUUGGCAAGUCGGUUAGGACAUCUACUUUGUGCAUGACACAAGUAAUUUUUCCAACAAUUGUUUACAGACAGAUUAUUUCACUUAUAAUUUACUAUAUCACAAUUCCAGUGGGUCAGAAGUUUACAUACACUAAGUUGACUGUGCCUUUAAACAGCUUGGAAAAUUUCAGAAAAUGAUGUCAUGGCUUUAGAAGCUUCUGAUAGGCUAAUUUACAUCAUUUGAGUCAAUUGGAGGUGUACCUGUGGAUGUAUUUCAAGGCCUACCUUCAAACUCAGUGCCUCUUUGAUUGACGUCAUGGGAAAAUCUAAAGAAAUCAGCCAAGACCUCAGAAAAAAAAUUGUAGACCUCCACAAGUCUGGUUCAUCCUUGGGAGCAAUUUCCAAACGCCUGAAGGGACCACGUUCAUCUGUACAAACAAUAGUACGCAAGUAUAAACACCAUGGGACCACGCAGCCGUCAUACCGCUCAGGAAGGAGACGCGUUCUGUCUCCUAGAGAUGAACGUACUUUAGUGCGAAAAGUGCAAAUCAAUCCCAGAACAACAGCAAAGGACCUUGUGAAGAUGCUGGAGGAAACAGGUACAAAAUUAUCUUUAUCCACAGUAAAAUGAGUCCUAUAUCGACAUAACCAGAAAGGCCGCUCAGCAAGGAAGAAGCCACUGCUCCAAAACCGCCAUAAAAAAGCCAGACUACGGUUUGCAACUGCACAUGGGGACUGUAGAACUGUUUGGCCAUAAUGACCAUUGUUGUGUUUGGAGGAAAAAGGGGAAUGCUUGCAAGCCGAAGAACACCAUCCCAACCGUGAAGCAAGGGCGUGGCAGCAUCAUGCUGUGGGGGUGCUUUGCUGCAUGAGGGACUGGUGCACUUCACAAAAUAGAUGGCAUCAUGAGGAAGGAAAAUUAUGUGGAUAUAUUGAAGCAACAUCUCAAGAAAUCAGUCAGGAAGUUAAAGCUUGGUCGCAAAUGGGUCUUCUAAAUGGACAAUGACCCCAAGCAUACUUCCAAAGUUGUGGCAAAAUGGCUUAAGGACAACAAAGUCAAGGUAUUGGAAUGGCCAUCACAAAGCCCUGACCUCAAUCCUAUAGAAAAUGUGUGGGCAGAACUGAAAAAGCAUGUGUGAGCAAGGAGGCCUACAAACCUGACUCAGUUACACCAGCUCUGUCAGGAGGAAUGGGCCAAAAUUCACCCAACUUAUUGUGAGAAGCUUGUGGAAUGCUACCUGAAACGUUUGACUCAAGUUAAACAAUUUAAAGGCAAUGGUACCAAAUACUAAUUGAGUUUAUGUAAACUUCUGACCCACUGGGAAUGUGAUGAAAUAAAUUAAAACUUGAAAUAAAUAAUUCUCUCUACUAUUAUUCUGACAUUUCACAUUCUUAAAAUAAAGUGGUGAUCCUAACUGACCUAAGACAGGGAAUUUUUACUAGGAUUAAAUGUCAGGAAUUGUGAAAAACUGAGUUUAAAUGUAUUUGGCUAAGGUGUAUGUAAACUUCCGACUUCAACUGUAGCUACUGUUCUAGAGUCACUACCAUUGGAACCUAUAAUAGUUACCCUGUAACAUGCUACUUAGUCAAUGUUCCCUGUUUGUAAGACAACAACUCCUGGACUGAGAUGCAUGAUUUAUAGGUCAUACACUUGCUGCUUUUGCUGGUGUUCAGUUUAAUAGCUGACAGAGCACUUCUGACUUUGAGUAACAGAGCUCAGAGAAACUGCAUGCUGGGCUCUAUAGUGACUCUACCUCUGACCCAGAGUGAGGGAGGCUAGAUUUAUGAAAACCACAUGUUUAAUACAUUUCAUUUGUCCAGGGGAUUUGUAUCGCUUACCGCAGGAUUUUAGACUUGCAGCAUUCGGUGUAUAGUACCGGUGCUGGUAUUGACCUAAUAUUUGUUCCUGUAGAUUUGUCUUAUGACACCUCUCACUCCAUACCUUUCCAUAGAGAUAUAUCUACUGUAUAUUGCAUUGUUGUGCAGAUGUUUGCUGUACAUGCAGCCAUGAUAUUUCAUACAUAAUCCCCCCUAAAAACCUGCAAAAUAAAUGGAAAACGGGUAACCACAUACAGCGACUGAAUAUCAGAUAGGUGGGUUAUUUAAAGGACUGAAGUUGACCUCACUGUGAUAUACGACCUGUGUGUAUUCGUACAUAAAGCCAGAGAUAUGAGACAUACAGUACUGUAGCCUGUUUGCAGAGGAACUCUUCCCAUUGGUAAACACAUCCUGUGAGGAUAGCAGCUAUGGAGACAAGGGAAAGAACACCAAAUGGACGAGACCAAAUAAUAUUUGCUUUUCUGAAGUGUUGGCAUCAGGUAAAAAGUAGAAAGCCAUGGCUUUGCUCUCACCUGUAAUCAGAUAACAGUUUAUAUAGUGUAGUGUUUGUCUUCGUAAUGGUGUUUCGAUUUAGGUGAGUCUGUGUCAUCCCCCUCCCAUACCUGUACUGUCUCCUGCAGCUGGGCUUAAUGAGAGAAUACAUUAAAAAGGGUAGGGAGACAGAGAUGGAAAGAAAGUUCACGACCUGGGUUAGUAACUAUGCAGCGUUUAGUACACUGAGUCACUGCCCAACACAUCCAGCUGUGGACUGACAGUCCUCUCUGUGGACGUGGAUGCAUUGUUUACUCAUAGGAUGCAGGCUAGUGUAAUGUUGACAGAUAUAUGUAGCUAGUGGCGAGUGAUCGUCAGAAUGUAUGAGGGCUCAUAAUGCUGCUGUCAUCUUGUGGUGCCAUGUUGAAAAUAAGCACUACCUGUAUUUAUUGACUUGUUUUACUAGCCUUAAACAGGGCGCUUUUAUACGGGCCUGCUCAGUCUUAAGACUCUCCAGACAUUUACAUUAUUCCUGGCUGAGUUACACACACAUAUAAAAGGGCACGUCCGCAGGCCAGAGCGGGUAUGUGCACUUCACACAUACAUGGGAGCACAUUACCCAUGCAUAAAUGCUACAUAGCUACAUAUUCUAUACUACUAUAGUUGUUAGUAGAGUUCUUUUUGAUAUGAUUUUAUAUUUAUUUUCAAUGAAUUGUUUUGCCCAUGUGUCACGCCGUGACCUUAGAGAUCCUUUUUAUUCUCUAUUUGGUUAGGUCAGGGUGUGAUUUGGGUGGGCAUUCUAGUUUGUCUAUUUCUUUGUUGGCCGGGUAUGGUUCCCAAUCAGAGGCAGCUGUCUAUCAUUGUCUCUGAUUGGGGAUCAUACUUAGGCAGCCGUUUUCCCACCUUAGUUUGUGGGAUCUUGUUUUUGUGUAGUGGCUUUGUAGCCUGCAGUACUUUACGUUCGUGUGUAUUUUGUUGUUUUGUCUGUGUUCAUUGACUAAAUUAAUAUGUUCGCCUACCACGCUGCACCUUGGUCCGAUCCGUCAAUCCACGAGCGUGACAGAAGAUCCCACCACAAACGGACCAAGCAGCGUGGCCAGGAGGAGCAGACAUCGUGGACAUGGGAGGAUGUCUUGGACGGUAAGGGAUCCUGGACGUGGGAAGAGAUCUGGGCAUGUAUGGAUCGCCUUCCAUGGGAGCAGACGGAGGCAGCGAGGAAGGAUCAACGGCGACUCCGAAGGUCACGACCACGACGGAAGCCCGAGAGGCAGCUCCCAAAACAUUUUUUUGUGGGGCACACGGGGUGGUUGGCGGAGCCAGGUUUCAGACCAGAGCCAACUCUCCGCACUCGCUUUAAGGAGCGUGGGACCAUUCAGGCACCCUGUUAUGCGGUGAUACGCACUGUGUCUCCAGUGCGCAUUCACAGCCCGGUGCGCUUGGUGCCCGCGCCCUGCACUUGCCGGGCUAAAGUGAGCAUCCAGCCAGGACUGGUUGUGCCGGCUCAGCGCUCCUGGUCUCCAGUACGCCUACUCGGUCUAGUAUAUCCUGCGGCGGUCCUACGCACUGUGUCGCUAGUGCGCCUUCACAGCCCAGUGCGUCCUGUGCCCGUGCCCCGCACUUGCCGGGCUAAAAGGAGCAUCCAGCCAGGACGGGUUGUGCCAGCUCUACGCUCCAGACCUCCAGUGCGCCUCCACGGCCCAGUAUAUCCUGCGCCGGCUCUACGCACUGUGUCGCCAGUGGGCCUUCACAGCCCAGUGCGUCCUGUGCCAGCGCCCCGCACUUGCCGGGCUCCAGUGAUGAUCCAUGGUACGAAGCCUCCAGUGAUGAUCCAUGGCCCGAAGCCUCCAGUGAUGAUCCAUGGCCUGAAGCCUCCAGUGAUGAUCCAUGGCCCGAAGCCUCCAGUGAUGAUCCAUGGCACAGAGCCUCCAGCGACGGUCUGCAGUCCAGAGUCUCCAGCGACAGUCUGCAGUCCAGAGCCUCCAGCGGCGGUCUGCAGUCCAGAGCCUCCAGUGACGGUCGGCAGUCCAGAGUCUCCAGACGGUCGGCAGUCCAGAGUCUCCAGCGACGGUCGGCAGUCCAGAGUCUCCAGCAACAGUCUGCAGUCCAGAGCCUCCAGCGGCGGUCUGCAGUCCAGAGUCUCCAGCGACGGUCGGCAGUCCAGAGUCUCCAGCGACGGUCGGCAGUCCAGAGUCUCCAGCGACAGUCGGCAGUCCAGAGUCUCCAGCGACGGUCGGCAGUCGGCAGUCCAGAGUCUCCAGCGACGGUCGGCAGUCCAGAGUCUCCAGCGACUGUCGGCAGUCCGGAGUUUCCGACGACGGUCGGCAGUCCGGAGUCUCCGGCGACGGUCGGCAGUCCGGAGUCUCCGGCGACGAUCUACGGUCCGGAGUGUCCGGCGACGAUCCAUGGUCCGGGUCCUCCGGCGACGAUCCACGGUCCGGAGCUUCCGGCAACGAUCCCCGCACCAGAGGCGCCACCGAAGAUGGCGGAUCCGCGAGUGGAGCGGGGUCUACGUCCCGCACCGGAGCCGCCACCGAGGCUAGAUGCCCACCCGGACCCUCCCCUAAUGAGUCAGGUUUUGUGGCCGGAGUCCGCACCUUUGGGGGGGGUACUGUCACGCCCUGACCUUAGAGGGCCCUUUUAUUCUCUAUUUGGUUAGGUCAGGGUGUGAUUUGGGUGGGCAUUCUAGUUUGUCUAUUUCUUUGUUGGCCGGGUAUGGUUUCCAAUCAGAAGCAGCUGUCUAUCGUUGUCUCUGAUUGGGGAUCAUACUUAGGCAGCCGUUUAACCACCUUAGUUUGUGGGAUCUUGUUUUUGUGUAGUGGCUUUGUAGCCUGCAGUACUUUUACGUUUGUGUUCAUUUCGUUGUUUUGUCGGUGUUCAUUGAAUAAAUUAAUAUGUUCGCCUACCACGCUGCACCUUGGUCCGAUCCGUCAUCCACGAGCAUGACACCAUGCAUUAAAUAUGCACACAAAUAAGGAAAUAUUUGAAGCUCUUUGUGUAA